AAUGUUCUUAGAAUAAUUUAUAUAGUAUAGAGAUUUUAAAAUGCUACACAAACAUUAGCUUUAUUGUAGUGUAAUCGAUAUACAAUAAGUGCUACUAUCUGUGUGUUGGUACCUCCCAAAACUAACACUGAAACUUAAACCUCAAGGUUAGUGUUAAUGAUAUUUGGAGGCAGAGCCUUUGGGUAUGAUUAGGACUAGCUCUCUCAUAUGGGUGGAGUCCUCACAAUUUCUGUAGUGGUUUUAGAGGAAGAGGAAGACAGACUUAAGCAAGCUGGCUCUAUCUCUCAAACUUGCUGCGAGGUCCUGUAGCACUUCGAGACUCUGCAACACUUCCAGUCAGCAAGGCUCUCACCAGAGGCAGCUCCUCAACCUUGGACUUCAAAACCUCAAAAACUGAGGAAGAAAACACAAAGCAUCUGGUAUCUUGGGAUCAAGACAUCAGAUCUUCAAAAAAGGUUGUUUUUUCCCCUUUUUACAUAGAAGAAAUUUGAAAAUCUGGAAUUGAGCAGUGAAUCCAUCAGGACCUGGGCUUUUCUUUGUUGGAACGAGAAAUAUCUUUCCAGAGCUGCACUGUGGAGGCCAGUGACCUUCUUUCAGCCCGGGGAGCUUCACCACUCGAGGAGGUAUCACAAUGGCAGAACAGCCACACCUUCCAGAAAAUAUAGAUGACUGGACAAAAGAAGAUGUAAACAGAUGGUUAGAGAGUCAUAAGAUUGACCAAAAACACAGGGAAAUUUUAAUUGCACAAGAUGUGAGUGGAGCAACCUUGAAGUGGCUGAAUAAAAGCGAUCUUGUUGAUAUGGGCAUACCACAUGGACCAGCUAUCCAAAUAGUGGGAUUAUUCAAUGAAUUGCAGAAAACAUCUUCUGAAGAUCCUGUUCAGACACCCAAGGCUAAGAAAAGCAGUACAAAUACUCCUGGAAAGCAACAUUUAAUGCAAAAGGAAGGUAGAGAGACUUCAAAGCAAAGACAAAGUGACAAAGAGAUCUCACAUAAGGCAAAAGAGUCUAAAUCACCAGACAGUGAGCUCAUGGAAAAUCAACCAGAUGACGUGAAACAACCAACAUGUCUUCCAUAUCCUUUUAAUACAUUCAGCAAUCCAUAUCGUUAUAAAUUACAUUUUAUCUUGCAACCUGAAACAGGACCACAGAAUCUUAUUGAUCCAAUACAUGAGUUCAAAGCACUGACAGAUACAGCAACAGCUACAGAGAAGGAUAUCAAGAUGAAAUUUAGCAAUGAGACUUUCCGUUUUGCUUCAGCUUGUAUGAAUUCACGUACUAAUGGCACUAUUCAUUUUGGAGUUAAAGAUAAACCCCAUGGAAAAAUUGUUGGCAUGAAAGUCACCAGUGUCACCAAAGAAGCUCUGAUUGAACACUUCAAUUCAAUGAUCCCUCAGUAUUUUGAAGCACAUCAGGUCCAACAAGCAAAGAAAUGCAUCCGAGAGCCAAGGUUUGUAGAAGUGUUGCUGCCAAAUAGUACUGUAUCUGAUAGAUUUGUUGUUGAGGUGGAUGUUGUUCCACAAUACUCUGAAUGUAAACAUGACUAUUUCCGGAUCACAAUGCAAAACUACAACCAUGAAACAUGGCAACCAAGUUCAAAAUAUUCAGUCUUUAUACGAGAUGGGCCCAAUACUAAGAACAUCAUAAAAAAUAAAGUUGAUUUUGAAGCUUUCCAAUUAGAUUUGAAAUCAGUAGCAACAUCUAGGAAAGAAGCAGAAGAAAAAUGCAAACUAAAAACAAAUAAAAACAACAGUGAGGGAUCAAAGCUGGUUACCCUGUUGACAGGAAAUCAAGAUUUAUUAGAUAAUUCAUACUACGAUUGGUACAUUCUUGUAACAAACAAAUGCCAUCCAGAUCAAAUAAUACAUUUAGAUUUCCUAAAAGAAAUUAAAUGGUUUGCUAUAUUAGAGUUUGAUCCUGAAUCUAAGACAAAAGGAGUUCUCAAAGCUUUCAAAGAAAGCCGAGCAGCAAACCUACACUCUCCAAGUCAAUUUGUAGAAGAGAAAACCACAACAGAGGAGAAAAUUUCUAGUUUGAAUCUUUACCAGAAACCCAGCUGGAUUUUCUGCAAUGGCAGGUCAGACCUUGACAGUGAAAAAUAUGAACCCGUAGAUCCAGUUUCCUGGCAAAAAGAAAGAGCUUCUGAAGUCAGGAAACUGAUUUCAUUUCUUACACGUGAAGACAUAAUGCCAAGAGGGAAGUUUUUGGUGGUGUUUUUACUACUCUCCUCUGUGGAUGACCCAAAGGACCCCCUCAUUGAGACUUUCUGUACAUUCUACCAAGAUCUCAGUGGAAUGGAAAAUAUAUUGUGUAUUUGUGUGCAACCAAACAUAUGCCAGGGGUGGAAAGACCUACUAGAAGCAAGAUUAACAAAUGAGCAAGAUGAACUAUCAGACAAGUGUAUUUCUGCUUUAAAUCUUGAACAGAUAAAUGGCACUAUUCUUAAACUAAAGUCUAUAACUCAAUCUUCAGAGAGACUUUUGCCAUCUAUUUGUUCAUCUACUGUCCUUCUGAAAAAGGAAGAAGAUAUGACUGCUCUGGAAAUUCUCUGUGUAAAUGAAUGUGAAGGUACACUAUUACACAAAGACAAAACUAAAUUACAGGAAUUCAAGACAUCAAAAGAGGAAGACUUUUAUCGAGGAGGCAAAGUAUCAUGGUGGAACUUCUAUUUUUCUGAAUACUACUCAUCAAGUUUCGUCAAAAGAGACAAAUAUGAAAAACUUAAAGAAAUGAUUCAAAACUAUGCAGAUCCUUCUAAACUCAUGUGUGUCAAAAUUAUUCAUUUGUACCAUCAUCCAGGUUGUGGAGGGACUACACUGGCCAUGCAUAUUCUCUGGGAACUAAGGAAGAAAUUCAGAUGUGCUGUACUGAAAAACAAGACGGUGGAUUUUUCUGAAAUCGGAGAACAGGUGGUCAGCUUAAUCACCUAUGGGGCAACAAAUCAUCAGGAAUACUUACCUGUACUGCUCCUUGUUGAUGAUUUUGAAGAACAAGAUAAUGUCUACCUUCUGCAGGCUGCUAUUCAGACAGCAGUAGCUCAAAAAUAUAUUCGAUAUGAAAAACCUUUAGUGAUCAUCCUAAAUUGUGCAAGAUCACAGAAUCCUGAAAAAAGUGCAAAGAUACCAGAUAGUAUUGCUCUAAGACAAAAAUUGUCUCGCAAAGAGAAGGAGGCUUUUGAGCUUAAAUUGAAAGAAAUUAAAGAGCACCAUAAAAACUUUGAAGAUUUUUAUUCCUUUAUGAUCAUGAAAACAAAUUUUAAUAAAGAGUACAUUAAAAAGGUGGUCAGGAAUAUUCUGAAAGGGCAGAAUAAGUCUACCAAGGAAGCAAAGCUCUUUUCUUUUCUUGCUCUUCUUAAUUCAUAUGUGUCUGGUACCACUAUUUCACUAUCACAAUGUGAGAAGUACUUAGGAAUUGCAAACAAGAAAGCCUUCUGGGGUACAGAAAAGCUUGAAGAUAAGAUGGGCACCUACUCUACAAUUCUAAUACAAACAAAAGUGGAGGAAUGUGGAACCUACUGUGGAGUGCGCAUCAUUCACCCUUUGAUUGCAAUUCUCUCCCUGGAAGAAUUGAAGAAAAGCUAUGACUUGGAUAAAAGUCAAAUUAUGCUGGAUAUGCUAACAGAAAAUUUGUUCUAUGAUACUGGCUUAGGAAGAAGCAAAUUUUUCCAAGAUAUGCAAACACUACUGCUCACAAGAGAGCGGAGUGAACAGGAAGGUGAAACAGGAACUUGGUUUUCCCCGUUCAUUGAAGCAUUACAUAAAGAUGAAGGGAAUGAGGCAGUUAAACAGGUGUUGUGCCAAGGUAUCGAAAGGUUCAAACCAAAUGCAUUCAUUUGCCAAGUUUUGGCAAGACAUUACUACAUUAGAGAGAAAGACUUUAACAAUGCUCUUUUAUGGGCAAAAGAAGCAAAAAAGAUAGAACCUAAUAACUCUUAUAUCUCAGACACACUGGGUCAAGUAUAUAAAAGUAAAAUAAGAUGGUGGAUAGAAGAUACUGAAAGAAACAGAGACAUUUCAGUUGAUGACUUAAGUACUCUUUUGGAUUUGGCAGAGCAUGCCUCAAAUGCAUUCAAAGAAUCUCAACGGCAAAGUGAAGAUAGAGAAUAUGAAGGUAAGGAAAGGCUGGGCCAGAAGUCAAAAAGAAGGUAUGAUACUUACAACAUAUCUGGCUACCAUGGCGAGAUAGAAGUGGGGCUAUAUGCAAUCCAGAUUCUCCAGCUGAUUCCAUUUUUUGACAAGAAAAAUGAACUAUCUAGAAGAGAUAUGAUCAAUUUUAUAUCCGGAAAUAGUGAUAUUCCAGGGGAUCUAAAUGAAUUUAAAUUGGCUCUCAAAAAUUUUAUUCCUUAUCUUACUACUUUGAAAUCUUCUUUGAAAGAUGCCUUUGACUUUUUUGAUGAUUAUUUUGUCCUUCUAAAACCCAGGAACAACAUUAAGCAACAUGAAGAGGCCAAAACACGAAGAAAGGUUGUUGUAUAUUUUAAGAAAUAUAUAGAUAUAUUUGGUCCUUCAGGAGAAUCACUAAACAGAGAUCUUGAAUUAAAACUCAGUCUGCCACUUCAAGUAGAAAGGAAUCAGAGAAGCCUCGAAGCUUUAAAAGCAGACAAAUUUUCUGGGCUUUUAGAAUAUCUCAUCAAAACUCAAGAUGCGGUAAGCAGCAUGGAAUACAUAGUGAAUACCUACAUUUUUCUCUUUGAUCAAUGCAUUGUUAGGAUGCACCUAAAGGAAAAGCAAAAUUUCAUCUUGGCCAAUAUCAUUCUGUCGUGUAUUAAGCCUGCUUCCAAAUUAGUGAAGCCAAUUAAAAAACUAAAAGAACAUCUUCGAGACAUCUUACAACAAGUAGGACCAACCCACAGAUUUUCAGAACCUUAUUUCUUAGCUUCACUCUUAUUCUGGCCAGAAAACCAGCAACUAGAUCAAGAUUCUAAAGAAAUGGAAAAAUAUGUUCAAUCUUUGGAAAAGUCUUUCAAGGGGCAAUAUAAACACAUGCAUCGUACAAAGCAACCAAUAGCAUAUUUCUUUCUUGGAAAGGGUACCAAUAUGAACAGACUUGUCCACAAAGGAAAAAUUGAUGAAUGCUUUGGAGAGAUGUCUGAUAUUAAUUUCUUGUGGCAAAGUGGAAAAGUGUGGGAAGAAAAAAAAGUCCAAGAUCUUUUGCUUCGUUUACAGGGACGAGCUGAAAAUAAUGAAAAAUUAUUCAUAGAAUACGGAAUCAAUGAAAAAAUCACAAUACCCAUCACACCUGCUUUCUUUGGUCAACUUAGAAGUGGAAGAAGCAUAGAAAAAGUGUCUUUUUAUUUGGGAUUUUCCAUUGGAGGCCCUCUUGCUUAUGACAUUCAAAUUUUGUAAGAGCCUGGUCUUCUUCCUCCAGCGAUAUAGUUUCAGUACUGCCUACUUUUUGUUUUUUAGAUCCAAGAUCCACACUUUUUUAAAAUGGAAAUUUUACAGAAAAGUCCUGAAUUUUCAACCCUGUAUAAAUGACAUUAAAUUUUCUCUACAUUAUGAGUCCCACAUAGGUUAUGAUAGAGAAGGAAGGGAGGAAAGAUGUGUGACAAGAGCAAAUCUCUUCCUUAGUCUGGAUAAUACCAUCAAGGAUAAAACAAGUAGCUAUGAACGGAAUUAGGAGAGACAAAUGAAUAAGUCAGUUACACAAUUAGGACAUUUCUCCUAAUUACCCUGCUGUAACAGUUAGACCUGAUCUGUCAACUUCAUUGGAUGGAGAAAAGUUCUCAGAUGUGUAGAGCACAUUCCUGAGUGUCCAGAGAUGGGGAUGGGGGGUCACAGAGGGAGAGCCUUGAAUACCAGAGAUGGUCCCUCCCUGAUGCUCUCUAGCAUUGUUCCCCACCUCUGCUCCCUGACCACUAUAAACUAAGCUGUUUUGCUCUGCCACACACUCUACUCUGAUAUUCCAGCUUUGGAGGGGGCCAGCUAGCUAUAGACUGAAUGUUCUAAAUCUAAGUUAAAACUUUGCUCCUUUAAGUUGUAUCAGACACUACGUUCAGCAAUAGGAAAGCUGACAAACACAUCUCCCAAGGAAUGGAUUGAGGACAGUUAACUACUUUCUUAUCAAAUGUGAAAUUCUUUCAGAAUAGGAAAACAUAAUGUUUGUUCUAAGGCAUUAGACUAUCUCAGAAAACCUUUUUUACAGAAAACAAAAUCUCACACUGAAAGUCUACAUUUAUUCUGACCAAGUAGAUUAUAAUAUAUCCUGUGCUUGACACUCAAGGAUCUUCCCAAAUAGAGAAGCAACAAAUUUUCUAAAGAUUACACCCACAGAAGCCAGCUGACACUACCAAUAUAGGCUGAGAAUUAGAUUUCCUCUUCAUGCAGUACGAGGCAGUCCAGCAAGUGUGAAAUUUAUCUAAAGUAGUGAAUUUAUAACCAUCCCCCCUCCAAGAAAACAGAACAAUUCACCCAGACUCCGAGGGCUAAUAAACAGAACGGGACCUGAGAAAAGACUAAUAAGGAUCCAAACACACUGGCAGAGACAGAACUUGUUUAGUUUACUGUGUCCUUGCAUAGAAAGGUUCCUACAAAAAAGGAUGAACAUUUCCAUCGUACCUCUUUCAUGAAGUUGUUGCUUCCUUUCAUGAGGACUCCUAAGGAGCUCUUGACUCUACCACAAGGGUGAUUUCAUUUCAGCAUAUGAAUCUAGAGAGGACAUAUUUGGUACCAGGGAUCAAGCUCAUGAGUUGUGCUUAGCAGGCAAGUGCUUGGGCCACUGAGCUAACUCCCUGGCCUAGAAAGGACAUAUUUAGAUCAUAAUGAAAAUGAGAUUUAAAACUUCAUUGUUUCUCUUUCAUAAGCCAGAAGUUAUUGUGUAGUCUGCCUACCAAUUCUGAUACAGCCUUGGGUAAGAAGACAUCAGAAUUUUUUUAAACUAUCAUCUUAAAAACCACUGAUUAGGUUUCUGUAAUGCAGAAAAAUUUACCAACUCAAUAAUCAAAAGCAAAAUGUCUAUCAAUCCUCCUAAAACAAACGAUAACCUGAACAAAGGAUCUUUGGAAACUAUAGUAUAUCAAACUCCUUUUGCCUAUUUGGGAAAUGCAUUUGUAAAAAGAAAAAAUAUAUAAUAGAUAUGGCAUAUAUAAUAGGUGCAAAAUAAGAAAAUGUUCAAAUGAGGAGGGAACAAGAGAAGGGAGGGAGAAGGAAACAAAGGAAAAGUGAAAAAUGAGAAAAGAAGGAAAAAUAGAAACAAUUUUUGUAAAUGGGUAGGGGAAGGGGACUAAGAAGAGGGGAGGGGAAUGGGGGAAAAAAGAAUCAAGUUGUAUCAUGUACAGGUACAAAUUCUCUGUGAUGAAUGUGAUCACUAGGUAUAUCUAAAAUGUACCAAUAAAAUCUGAUUAAAAAACAAAAAAGCUCUCAGAAACUAAUAGCAAAGAUAUGAUAAUUUAUUUGAGUGAAAUAAAUUAUUUGUGUAAAGACUA